AUGGUCUUGGCGCUUUUGGACCAUUUGUUUGGUUUGCCCUGUUUGUUUGACCAAUUCCCUGUUCUGGCCUCCCCAAUUAGGAAACCAGGGCUAGGGCACCAGCGUGUUCCAAUCAUCAGCGAGCCCGUUGUCCCGUGCAUCAUCGAGGAUCCCUUAUCUCCCGAUGUCCCUGUUCUUAUCCUAUCCUUAUCCCCUCUCCUGGCAUCUACCCACUCCUAUAUACUCCCGUACAUAAUGGCCAUUCAUCCCCGACUACGCGCAGAGGGCGCGCAUCUCUCUCCUCAACAAGCACGCGCCAUCUCCGCAUGGAGCGAGCAGCAUGCAGCAGCCUCCCUGCAGGAGAUGACCCUAUCGGACUCAGCAGAGCCAUCCUCACCCACCCCCACGCGGUCGGGUCUGCGCGGCACCACCGUAUCGCUGUCCAUUCCGCUGGAGGAUGAGCCCGCGAAAGCCCCCGAGCCCCGUCCCCCAACAGUCAGUUUCCGGCGCCGAGCGCCACUCCGCGAGUCCAAGACCCGGGAGAUCCUGCUGAAGGGAAAGGAUGGAAGUCGGCGGAGACAGCGCUGGGAGAAUGAUCGUCUGUUGCACAAUCCCUGGGCGGAGCCACCCUCCUCGAAGGACUGGGACGUCACACCCACCCACACACGUCAUAACCCCAUGCCCUACUAUCUGGCUCCAUUGUGGGAUGUACAUUACGCCCACAUCAAGGACCAGCAGUUGUCCGUGAAGGCGGCGGAGCGGGCGAACGAGAAGCAUCAAGUUCCCAAGGAAUUACGGUCAAAGUUGAAGCAUGCGCGCGCUGCACGGGGGAUGCUGCAGGAUCUGGAAGAAGAAGUCCGGCUUUUCAUCCGAAAGUGGAAUGAGAAAGAGCUUCUAUUGGAGCAGGAGGGCUUGCAGGACGCCCCUGAGCAUUCGGCGAGCGAUGAUUCGGAAGAUGAGAUCGUUUUUGUGGGCCGUAAUGGACAGAUGCAUGAUGCUCCAGAGCGGAAAGAGAGGCUUCGCUUGCUGCAUGCAGAGAUCAGUUCGCACAGCGAACGAGACGGUGAGAAGAUGGUGCUCGAGACGAUGAAUGACGAUCGUGCCGCUGGUUUCGGUCGUUGGUUGGUCCACUCCAUCGCCUCUUACUACGGGCUGCAUACCUGGACGGUCACGAUGGAUGACCGUCGAGAAGCUUAUGUCGGCUUCCGGCCCCCUUUGCCGGGAAGCCAGGCCGGCCUCGUUUCUCACUCCGCGUGUCAAACGGAGGCCUUGAUCAAGCCUGGUGAAGAACUUCCUCGGCCGCUCUAUGCGCAAGUAUAG